UAAGUCUUUGACUUUGUACUACUUAAAGGAAGCUAUAUUAUCAAUAAAUCUUUGAGAUUGUGAUAAUUAUUGGCAAUGAGAUAUUCAAGUAUAUUGUUCGCUGUGGUCCUUGUGGGGCUGGUGAAAGUAGGAUUUUCCCAAGAUAAAAAGCCUUCACAUCAUGGACCAGUAUUCACAGGAGACGAUGAGCAUGAGCCUUCACAUCAUGGACCAGUAUUCACAGGAGACGAUGAGCAUGAGCCUUCACAUCAUGGACCAGUAUUCACAGGAGACGAUGAGCAUGAGCCUUCACAUCAUGGACCAGUAUUCACAGGAGACGAUGAUGACCCUUCAUAUUACGGAUAUCUUAGAAGUCAAGGAAAAUCGUAUGGGAAUAAGCCAACUAAGCCUCGUCCUCCCCCACACAAAGGCCACUAUCGAACUGAUGAAUUCAUUGAUGAUAAUGAUGAUCAUUCAAUAAUUUCCAAUGAAGAUGAAUUUACAUCACAAGAUAACACGUCUGAUUUAUCCGAUAAUUCUUUGGAAGAUUCUUAUGAGUUUGCAGGAGACGUUUUUGAAUUUUUCCCAUAG